UUUACGUGACAUUUUGCAAAAAGACAAAAAAAAAACACAUCUGCUGCAUUUUCUACUAUUCCAAGUUUUCCCGCGUUUUCAAAUAUUAUCCUAAUUGAAUUUCAAAAUUCAAAUAGUUCAGAUCUUCAGCGCAAUCGGCAUUUACCGCUUCGCAGUUCAAUUUUAAUUAUUUCUUCCAAAUAAAAGAAACGAUCUCAAAAUGCCGCGAGCAGCCAAAGUAGCAAUAAGACGUAAAGCAUCACCCGCCACAAAUAACAAUGAAGAAGGUCCCAUGAAAAAAAUCCAACGUACAUUAUUUUCCCUGCCACUUCCCAAAAUCAACUCCAUUACCGGCAAAGUACUGGCAUGUGGUCAGGGCGAUAUGGGCCAACUCGGACUCGGUGACGAUGAAAAAGACAUGGAACGCAAAAGACCCGCUCUCGUUCCAAAUCUCACAGACAUCGUUGAUGUACGAGCGGGUGGAAUGCACAAUCUGUGCUUGGAUAAAAAUGGACAAGUUUAUUCGUUUGGCUGCAACGACGAAGGCGCACUUGGACGUGACAGCUCCGAAGAAGGUUCUGAAUUCACUCCCAAGAAAGUUGACUUGCCAGGAAAAUGCCUUAAAAUCUCCGCAGGGGACUCGCACUCUGCUUGUUUACUUGACGACGGAAAAGUAUACGCGUGGGGUUCAUUCCGUGAUUCACAUGGCAACAUGGGCCUCACUCUCGAAGGCAACAAGCGACUUCCUAUCGAAGUUAAGCCGGGAAUCGUUGCCUGCGACAUCGCAUCGGGCGCAGAUCAUCUAGUCAUUCUCACAUGCAAUGGCAAAGUCUAUACAGUGGGAUGUGCAGAACAAGGUCAGCUUGGGCGGGUUUCUAUCCGUUCAGCUUCUGGCGAAAGCCGUCGUGGAAAAACCGAACUUCUGCAACCCGGCCUGGUCACAAUCAAAAAAGGUAAACACAUUGAGGCCAUAUGGGCUGCUACAUAUUGCACAUUCCUCAGAGAAUCUGGUUCUUCAAUUAUCUGGGCAUUCGGAUUGAACAACUAUAAGCAAUUGGGUUACCCAAAGGAUGAAUCGGUCAUCAUAAACCCAAUCAAUACACGCUUUGAAGAUGUUAAAAUAAUUGCCGGAGGUCAACAUCACACUUUGGUGCUCAAAAACGAUGGCUCGUGCUAUGCCAUUGGGCGCAAAGACUAUGGCCGUUUGGGGCUUGGCAAUACCCCCGAAGAUGUAACAGAACUGAAACUCAUCGAAGCAUUGAAGGACAAAGAGAUUGUGAAUAUUUCACGAGGAGAAGCGCAAUCAUUCGCAAUCACAAAAGAUGGACAGCUAUACGCUUGGGGAAUGGGCUCGAGUCUGCAGUUGGGCACGGGCGAAGAAGAUGACGCUCUUGUGCCAACACUCAUCGAGAGCAAACAAACAAAAGACAAAAAGAUUCUUCAAGCAUACGGCGGUGGACAGCAUAGUAUAUUUUUGGUAGCUGAUGACAGUCCAGCUGCUGAGGUCAAAGAGGCACCUAAGAAAACCCAGGUAGCCAAAGUAGCAGAGACAAAAGAUAAGAAACCAACAACAACAGCGGCAACAGUGGUAGAAGAAAAAAAAGAAACUGAACUUUUAACAAACGGAGAUGCUAAUGUUGAUGUACCAGAAGUAAAAGAGACAACAACUACAAUCCAGGAGACAGCAGCAGCACCAGCCGCAAAGAAAGGCAGAAAGAAAAAGUAGAAGACUCGGGUGAAUUUAUAAAAUUUUUCCUGGACUUAACUUCGACUUAAUUUUUCUAUUUAUUUAACUGAGAACACACAUUAUUUUUUUUUUUCUUUUCUUUUUUUCGUUUAGUUUUCUACAGUAACUUUCUUGUUAUAACUGUUCCAAGUACUUUGUUUAUGUAUUUAACGAAUUUGUUUACACCAUUGAACGUGUAGUUUAAAAAAAAAAAAUAAAGCUGUUGGCUUGGAUCACAUUGUUUCUUUAAAUAAUAAAAUUUUCUUUUUUUUCAACUUGAAGAGUA